AUGCCUGCGAAGGACUCUUACCCCUCCGAGAUGGAGGUCAUCGACCACCGUGAUGCCAUGACUGAGUCUGGCUAUGUUAGUGCUGGUUCUGGUGCUAGCGAGGAAUAUGUCCCCGAAAUCGUCUUCACCAAACCUCACCUUCAAUUCUUGAACCGCCAGCUGCAGUUCCUCGAGCCUCAAGAAAUCUUGAGAUGGUGUGUUACUUCACUGCCUCAUCUCUACCAGACCACUGCCUUUGGUCUCACUGGACUUGCCACACUUGAUAUGCUAUCCAAGCUUGAGGUGCCUCGCCCUCAGAUGGUCGACCUCAUCUUCCUUGAUACUCUCUACCACUUCGAUGAGACCAAGUCCCUGGUUGACCGUGUCCGCCGCAAGUACCCUAACAACAACGUGCACAUCUUCAAACCUGCCGGCGUUGACACGACUGCCGAGUUUGAACAGAAGUAUGGCACAAAGCUUUGGGAGAUUGACGACCAGCUUUAUGACUGGGUUGCCAAGGUUGAGCCCGCCCAGCGUGCCUACCGUGAGAUGAACGUACACGCCGUCCUUACCGGUCGUCGCCGCAGCCAGGGUGGCAAGCGUGGCGACCUCGACAUCAUCGAAGUCGACGAGGCUGGCCUCAUCAAGAUCAACCCCAUGGCCAACUGGUCCUUCAACCAGGUCAAGGAAUACGUCAAGAACAAUGAUGUCCCUUACAACGAACUUCUCGACCGUGGAUACAAGAGCGUUGGUGACUGGCACUCAACCCAGCCUGUCGCUGAGGGCGAGGAUGAGCGAUCUGGUCGCUGGAAGGGUCAGCAGAAGACCGAGUGCGGUAUCCACAACAAUCGCUCCAAGUACUCCUUGUACUUGAUGGAACUAGAGCGUAAGCAGCAGGAGGAGGCUCAGGCCCUCUCGCAGGCUCUGAACACCCAGUGCGCCCCUGUCGCUUAA